AUGCUCUCUAGGGAGACGGAGGGUCAAGGGAAUGAUGCCGGAACCUGGAAGGAGGUUUGCCGGAGAAAACCACUUGAGGAAAAACAUAUCACCCCCUUCUACGUAUCGAAUAUACAAUACGGCACCACUACAACCAUGUUAAGCGAGGCGUUUCGGAAAUUUGGGAAGAUAGUCGACAUCGACAUCUAUAUUCCUGGGAGAAAAGACAAAGCGGGUUCAUAUUUCGCGUUCGUGAAAUAUGAAGGGACCAAAGAUGUACAGGUGAUGCUAAACUCACUGAACCAAAUAAGAUGUGGGCACUGUAUCAUGAAGGUAAACAUCGCCAAGUAUGAGAAGAAGCCGAACCAUAAGAUUCAUGGGCAAGCAUUUCGUCACGUUCGGCCACCACAGAUCAAUAAGGAUGUUGGUGGAUGGAAAAAGACAAGUGAGGGCAAAUCCUUUGCAGAUGUUGUUACCGGUAGAACGAAUACGUCCAAGACUCCAUUGGUAAAUCUCAAACGUGUUCCAGUAAUGGAAAGUGACUGGCUACUCUUGGGCGAGGUCUCGAACUUUCAACACCUCAGUAACCUCCCCAAGCUUCUCAAUGUCGAUGGGGAAGUACCAUGUCAUGUGUUCUAUGAUGGUGGCCUGAAAGUGUUAUUGAGAUUCUCUUCACAGGAUGCAGCUACUAGAUAUUUAAAGAAUGAAAAUGCAUGGAAUAGAUGGUUCAGAUGGCUCAAAUCUGAGAUUAUCGAUAAUUUGCCAUUUGAAAGAAUCGCUUGGGUUAAGGUAAUUGGUCUUCCCAUUCAUCUGAGGUCUGAAGAGAAUGUCAGCUUGGUUGUUGGUAGACUUGGCAAGAUUGUUGAAGUUGACGGUUGUCAAAAUUGGCAUAACAUCGAUCUUACGUCCUCACAUGCUAGGAUCCUAACAGGUGAUAAACUACUAAUAAACAAGGAGAUAAACUGUUCCUUUAAUGGUAAGAAUUACACAGUGGGUGUGGUCGAAUGUGAAGAUAUUUGGCAACCGUUUUCCAAAUAUUAUGAAUCUGACUCCGAAACCAGUUCUAAGACUGUAGAAAAUGAUGAUGAGAUCAAGAAAAGUGAUUCAGACGAUGAUGGCAUAUCAGAAACAUGGGAAAAUGUUAAUCAUAUGGACGUGGAAGAAGGAGAAAUUGUGAUGGAUGCUAAGGUGAAUGACAAUCCAGAUGCAGUUGGUGGUGUUGUUGCAUCUCCGUCACCGGCAAUCUCCGAUGGUGUGGCGUACAUCGAAAAUCAAAAUUUUGCUUUAAAUACGGAUUCUGAUAAGUCACCUGGGGAUAAUAAUAUCAUUAAUACGGAGAACUCAAAGGAGUUAUCCAAUACCGACAAUAUCAACGGAACGGAUGGAAAUUUGGAUGAUCAGAUAACAAGGAAUCAUGGUUGA